AUAUACCUUGUCAAAAGGGCAAUCACGAAGUCAAUGCGAGACCUUUGAGUUCCCCUAUCACUCCGGCGUUUUUAGAGAUCCAAUGACAAUCCAUCUCAAUGCCAAACCUCAACACAAAACCAAAACCGAAAUUGCCAUCCCCAAGUAACGCAGGAAGGAACUCAGUGGAUUCAAGCUGGUCCAGCCUCCUCAUGCAUCGUUGUUAUUCUCCUUCUCCUACUUUUCCUUUAUGCAAUUUUCUAAUCCUUUCUCUCUCCUCACUCCCACGUGCUCACUCUUCUUCCUCACUCCCUUGCACUAUAUCCCAAAUUCCAUCAUAAAUUCCCCGUUCGCUUUCUUUCUCUGUAUCAUACGACGCAUUAGAUUUAGCCCCGCCAAACUCCUCUCCUGAUUUCGGAACGGACUUGAUCCAAUUCAGAGGAGGCCUCCAUAAUUGUUGUGAUUGCUCCGCUUGAGGAGAUACCGCAAGAGAUUGGACGGUAUGGAUAAGUACGAGGAGGUGAAGGAUUUGGGAGCUGGCAAUUUCGGGGUGGCUAGGCUCAUGAGGAACAAGGAGACCAAGGAGCUCGUCGCCAUGAAAUAUAUCGAGCGUGGUGGCAAGAUUGAUGAGAACGUGGCGAGAGAGAUUAUGAACCACAGGUCCCUUCGACACCCCAAUAUAAUCCGAUUCAAGGAGGUCAUUUUGACCCCCACACAUUUAGCCAUAGUAAUGGAGUAUGCAGCGGGGGGAGAACUAUUUGAGAGGAUAUGCAAUGCCGGCAGAUUCAGCGAAGACGAGGCUAGAUAUUUCUUUCAGCAGCUGAUAUCUGGUGUCAAUUUCUGUCACACCAUGCAAAUAUGCCACAGAGAUUUAAAACUUGAAAAUACCCUUUUGGAUGGAAGUCCGGCACCUCGCCUGAAAAUUUGCGAUUUUGGUUAUUCCAAGUCAUCUUUGUUGCAUUCAAGACCCAAGUCUACGGUUGGAACCCCAGCUUAUAUAGCACCCGAAGUUCUUUCUAGGCGCGAAUAUGAUGGCAAGUUGGCUGAUGUGUGGUCAUGUGGAGUGACUCUUUAUGUGAUGCUUGUUGGAGCAUAUCCCUUUGAGGACCAGGAUGACCCAAGGAAUUUCCGGAAAACGAUCCAGCGAAUAAUGGCCGUUCAAUACAAAAUCCCAGAUUAUGUUCACAUAUCUCAAGAUUGCAGGCACCUCCUCUCUCGCAUUUUUGUGGCUAAUCCAUUGAGGAGAAUAACAAUAAAGGAAAUUAAGAUCCAUCCAUGGUUUCUGAAGAACCUACCAAGGGAGCUAACUGAGUCAGCGCAGGCUGUGUAUUACCAGAGAGACAACCCAAGCUUUUAUUCUCAGAGUGCGGAGGAAAUAAUGAGAAUUGUUGGAGAGGCAAGAACCCCGCCUCCAGUAUCCAGGCCUGUCAAAGGUUUUGGGUGGGAAGGCGAAGAAGAAGAGGAAGAAGAAGGAGCAGAAGAAGAGGUGGAAGAGGAGGAGGAAGAUGAAGAAGAAGAUGAGUACGACAAGAGGGUGAAGGAGGUUCACGCAAGCGGAGAAUUUCAAGUCAGUUGAGCCAUACAAUUCUGAUGCACUCGUUCAAUUGUAUGCUAGUUAAGUUCGUAUUUAGAUGUAUCAUAAUUCAUGAAGACUUAUAAUAUAAACGUGGGAUAUAUACAAAUAGGCUCAGUUCAUGGCUGUAUUCAUCAUGUAAUGUGUACUUGGUUCGGCCAUGGAUUCCAUGUUUGAGUUGUCUUAUAUUAUGGUCAAUAUGUACUCCAAUAGUAUUGCUGUAGCAGAUA